GCGCGGCGCCAGCACCGAGAGGGCGGGCGAAGCGAGCGAACCCGCGACGGGCGGACCGGCUGCAUCAGGAUGUUCAGCUGGUUGGGGCGGCAGGCUGGCGGGCGCGAGCGUGCGGGUGGCGCGGACGCAGUGCAGACGGUGACUGGGGGCCUGCGCUCGCUGUACCUGCGCAAGGUGCUGCCGCUGGAGGAGGCGUACCGCUUCCACGAGUUCCACUCGCCAGCGCUGGAGGACGCCGACUUCGAGAACAAGCCCAUGAUCCUGCUGGUGGGCCAGUACAGCACGGGCAAGACCACUUUCAUCAGAUACUUACUGGAGCAAGAUUUCCCAGGCAUGAGGAUUGGUCCAGAGCCCACCACCGAUUCCUUUAUCGCUGUGAUGUAUGGGGAGACCGAAGGCAGCACCCCAGGCAACGCUUUAGUCGUGGACCCCAAAAAGCCAUUUCGAAAGCUCAGUCGCUUUGGAAAUGCUUUCCUGAAUCGAUUCAUGUGCUCCCAGCUGCCCAAUCAGGUCCUGAAGAGCAUCAGCAUCAUCGACAGUCCUGGCAUCCUGUCUGGGGAGAAGCAGCGCAUCAGCCGAGGCUAUGACUUCUGCCAGGUCCUGCAGUGGUUUGCAGAGCGAGUAGAUAGGAUCAUCCUGCUGUUCGAUGCUCACAAACUGGACAUCUCAGAUGAGUUCUCAGAAGCCAUCAAGGCCUUCCGGGGCCAAGAUGACAAGAUCCGUGUGGUACUGAACAAGGCCGACCAAGUGGACACGCAGCAGCUGAUGCGUGUCUAUGGGGCCCUCAUGUGGUCCCUGGGCAAGGUCAUCAACACACCCGAGGUGCUUCGAGUCUACAUCGGCUCCUUCUGGGCACAGCCCCUACAGAACACUGACAACCGCCGGCUCUUCGAAGCCGAGGCCCAGGACCUCUUCAGAGACAUCCAGAGCCUUCCGCAGAAGGCAGCCGUGCGCAAACUCAACGACCUCAUCAAGCGAGCGAGGCUGGCCAAGGUACAUGCCUACAUCAUCAGCCACCUGAAGAAGGAGAUGCCAAGUGUAUUCGGAAAGGAAAACAAGAAGAGAGAGCUUAUCAUCAGAUUGCCAGAAAUCUACCUUCAGCUGCAGCGAGAAUACCAGAUUUCUGCCGGGGACUUCCCAGAGGUCAAGGCAAUGCAGGAACAGCUCGAGAACUACGACUUCACCAAAUUCCACUCGCUGAAGCCCAAGCUGAUUGAGGCAGUGGACAACAUGCUGGGCAGCAAGAUCUCAUCCUUGAUGCAACUCAUCAGCCAGGAGGAGAUGAGCAUGCCCACGCAGCUCGUGCAGGGCGGCGCCUUUGACGGCACCACCGAGGGCCCCUUCAACCAGGGCUACGGGGAGGGUGCCAAGGAGGGUGCCGAUGAGGAGGAGUGGGUGGUGGCCAAAGACAAGCCCAUCUACGAUGAGCUCUUCUACACCCUGUCGCCUGUCAAUGGCAAGAUAUCAGGUGUCAAUGCCAAGAAGGAGAUGGUGACAUCCAAGCUACCCAACAGUGUCCUGGGCAAGAUCUGGAAGCUGGCGGACUGUGACUGUGAUGGCAUGCUGGACGAGGAGGAGUUCGCACUGGCCAAGCACCUGAUCAAGAUCAAGCUGGACGGCUACGAGCUGCCCAACAGCCUGCCCCCCCACCUCGUGCCCCCUUCCCACAGGAAGUCCUUGCCGAAGGCCGACUGAGGGGUGGGCCGCUCACAGGUCAGGCAGUGGGUGGUAGAGAUCGGGGGCCUGGGCCUGAGGCCCAUGCCACCGCUGACUCACUGACCCUAGCCAAGGCACUGCCCUCUCUGUGCCUCAGUUUCCCCAACUGUGGAAUGAGGAGGGUACACACUGGACACUAGAUGAGGUUCUUUCACCUCUAAAAUUCCCUGAGUUUCCAUUAAAAUAUUGGGAGGAGAGUGUGGAUAAAGAGAAUGAAGGGUUAAGAAAAAAGAUAAAUUGACCAAAGAGUACUCAGAAGCCUGGAGAGACCUGGAUGUGGAGGUGGGCUGUGCAGAGCCUGGCAGCCACAGGGAGUGAGCCAGGGGCUCUUCUGGAGCAGGGCAAGCCUUUUGCAUUGGACCACGUCACUGUGCACCUGCCUUGGCCCCUGUCUGUCCCUUAAAGGGUGCCUAGAAGAAGCAGAGUUGACCUUAUUUAUUUCGUUUCCUGCUGUAUUGAGAGUGGACGACAGCAGAGUACAGAGCGUUCUGUCGUCUCCAGACCAUUUACCAAAGAGAAGACUGCUUCCCCUGUGUUUGAAAGGAGAGUCCACUGUGCCUGUGUGAGCCCCCGUCCCUCCUGCAGGCUCGAGCAGCACCGGCAGCCAGGCCAGCAGAGAGCAUUUGUGACACCCAGCACCCCCCUGACCAGCCCACCCAGAGCUCCCCCAACCUGGGGCCCUUCUCAGCAAAAUUGCAUUUGGUUAGGAAUUUGGAAAUCUGAACUUUAUUAGCCCCCGGCAAGAUUUCUAGUAUUCAAAUCAUGCUGACAUCUGAAGGUUGGCUUUUCUUACUAGUCUGUCCAACAAUUUGUAGCAAAGUCUAUUUAUCAUAUUCAAAGUAUAGUAAAGGAACGAGGUGGUUCUCUUCCACACUUCAGUCAUCCGUUAAUGUGGUGACAGGCCCCCAAGGCCCCUUGGUCAAUGGCAAGAUUUAAAUUCAGCAAAACCAUGUCUUGGUGCCUGCAGUGUGCUCGGCCUGGGGACACAAGGGGAGCGAGAGGUUUGCCUACCCCAGGCUGUCAGGUAGAAAAGGUCAUUCUCUAGCUUUAGACACUAUUUUCAUAAAAAAUAGGCAUCUUUAUUAUGUCCAGUAUUUCUUACAGGAAAAGCCUUUAUAUUAUAGGAUGGCAUCUUUCAUAUGAAACGUUUUCUUCAAAAGGCUGUGAGGUUCAUACCAUGCAUGCCCAUCACAAGGCAGGAUUUGGCACAUGCCGCACGUGGGUUCCUGAAUGUUCUCUCUCUGGGUCCUGAUAUAAACCUCUCUGUUGCCCGCGCUCAACUGCCUGUCAGGUGCAGGUGGUUAAUGCUCACUACCACCUCCCCUCCUUCAUGGCCUGUAGCUUGGGUAUUCAUUUCAUCAUUACUUAUACAAUAAAAAAGAGGCACAAAAUUGUGAUAGCCACAUGGUAUGGGGCCCCACCAGCACCGAAGUGAAGUGAAAUCAAAACAGUCCCACCUGAGCCUUCCAAAAAACAUGUUUUGUUUUGUUUUUUGUGAUGUUACCUGUGAUAUCAGUGUCAGAAAUGCAGACUUAAGAGACAAUUUUUUUUUUUUAUUUUGGGGAAGCAUUUAUCCAGAUGCCAGCCCUCACACUCCCUAGUUUACUCCUUAAAUAAUGUCAUUUUAAGAGAAGUAAAUGCAUAACAUGAUUUUUAAUCUUAAUGAGCACUCUUAAAUCCAUUAGAAACAUAGAGGUUUAUAAUGUCUGAACUCUCAUAUAAGCAGAUGGUUUGGUGAACGUGUGAGGACUGCCCAAGGGGGGACCCACAAGGGAACCCGCCAAAGGACAAAACAGAGAAGAGAGAAUUCAUUAGUCCAAAGGUUUAGAGAUGCCAAGGUUAGUGGAUUUUCCAUUCAGAAUUAUCCUGCUGCUGUAAUUCUU